GAUCAUACUUCUUCUCUCCAACGUAGACUUUCUUCCUGAUCAUACAUAGUUCUCUCCAAAUCUGUAAAUGGGGCAUUGAGAUUCGCGUCACAUUUACAGCUUUCGUUUGCUUCACGCAGAAGCUGGACCAUUGGACCAGACAAAACAUUUUUUCUCUUCUCCAUUCUAAACCACCACCGGCUACUUCUCAGAGAGAAAGAGGAAAAAAGGUUUCUUGUCCCGCUGAAGAAUCUUUCUUUCUUUCUUUCUUUGGUUUUUCUUCUGAUUCCAAAGGGAGAAAAGAAACCAAAAUGCCGUUGGAAUGGGAAGUGAAGUUAGGGAAGAAAUGUAAAGCGCAAGACUCCGCCUUUUUCUCACUCUCUCCUCUCUACUAUUAAGCUCCCAUGGAUUCACCUCACCUUCUGUAUUAAAGAUCAUAUGUGCUAGCUGAGCUCACUCAUUGCUUGCCCCCUCUGCAUUUUCUUGCAUUCUUCCAAGGUGAUAAGAAUGACAAUGGUCAACAACUCAACGUUAAUCUCCUAUUGCUAGAAGAGUAAAUACAAGGAAUGUUGAAAGUGCUGUUCUGAAUCGUCCCGAAUUUGCUAAAGGAUGAAGCUGUAUACAUCUUUUUCUAUCGUUCCGCUCUUUUUAUGUGUGCUCCUCUUCCAAGAAGUUGUCUCGGACCUGAAGGCAGACAGACAAGCCCUUCUAGACUUUGCUUCUGCAACACCGCAUGGCAGGAGACUGAACUGGAGCAUGAAGGCCUCGAUCUGUACUUCUUGGGUUGGUGUCACUUGCAGUGCAGAUGGAACUCGUGUGGUUCAACUCCGGCUUCCUGGUGUUGGAUUUAGCGGUCCUAUACCAGAAAACACGAUAGGAAGACUGGAUGCGCUUACAACCCUCAGCCUGCGAUCCAAUCUUCUAAGCGGGAGUCUUCCAUCAGAUGUAUUGUCUCUUCCUUCACUGCAAAACAUCUAUCUCCAGCGUAAUAACUUUUCUGGGGAUAUUCCUUCCACUCUUUCUCCAGAGUUCAACUUCAUUGAUCUCUCCUUCAAUUCCUUCACAGGCAACAUUCCGGUCAAAGUUCAAAAUUUGACUCACCUUACUGGUUUGAACCUUGAAAAUAACUCUCUUACGGGAUCUAUACCUGAUCUCAACCUCCCAAAUCUUAAGCAAUUGAACUUGAGCAACAACCUUCUUAACGGCUCGAUUCCACCAUCACUUAAAAGGUUCCCUUCUUCAUCAUUUGGAGGAAAUUCUUUGCUAUGUGGGCCACCCUUGAAUCGAUGCCAUUCUAUUGCACCUUCACCUUCUCCUUCGCCUUCUCCAUCUCCUUCGCCUUUGCCUUCACCUUCACCUUCACCUUUACCAUCUCCCUCUCCCACGAAUUCCAAUUCCAAGCCACCACCUCGUUCACCAGGUCAGCUGCCAUUGUCACCAAAGGCUCCCGAAAACCAAAAAGCGAAGUCAAAGUUAAGUAGUGGAUCUAUCAUUGCCAUUGCUGCUGGAAGUACUGCAGCAAUCAUCUUUGGUUUCAUUCUCGUGAUGGCCCUAUGUUGUAUGAAGGGGUUUUAUACUAAAAAAGGUGCUACUACGGGAAAGAACCUUAAUGCAGAAAGAACUGCCCCGAAGGAGGAUUUUAGUAGCGGAACACAAGAUGCUGAAAAGAAUAAACUGAUUUUCUUCGACGGCUGUUCUCACAAUUUUGAUCUUGAAGAUUUACUAAGAGCCUCAGCAGAAGUACUUGGAAAAGGGAGUUAUGGAACAACGUAUAAGGCCAUACUGGAGGAGGGUGUCACAGUAGUCGUGAAGCGGCUAAAGGAAGUAGUGGUUGGCAAAAGAGAAUUCGAACAACAAAUGCAGACCAUUGGCACAUUAAGUCAUCACCCUAACGUUGUUGCUCUCCGUGCUUAUUACUACUCCAAGGAUGAGAAACUCCUGGUUCAUGAUUUUGUCGCUCGAGGCAGCUUGUCUGCUCUGAUGCAUGGGAACAGGGAAUCAAGAAUGGCACUCGAUUGGAAUACAAGGUUGAAGAUUGCAGUGGGAGCUGCAAGGGGCGUUGCCCACAUACACUCUGUUCCUGGCGCAAGGCUAACUCAUGGCAACAUAAAAUCUUCCAAUGUCCUCCUCACUCAAGACCUCAACGGAUGCAUAUCGGAUUUUGGCCUCACGCCACUCAUGGGCUUCACCACAAUCCCACCAAGAAGCGCAGGGUACCGAGCACCUGAGGUGAUUGAAACAAGGAAAUCCACCCAAAAAUCAGACGUUUACAGCCUCGGGGUUCUCCUACUCGAGCUGCUGACAGGAAAAGCGCCAGUGCAGUCAGCAGCGCAGGACGAGGUGGUGGAUUUGCCAAAAUGGGUUCAGUCCGUUGUUAGAGAGGAAUGGACUGCAGAGGUGUUUGAUGCAGAACUGAUCAACUAUCAUCAGAGCGUGGAAGACGAGAUGGUGCAGUUGCUUCAGGUUGCAAUGGCCUGUGUCGGAAAGGUGCCAGAAAUGAGGCCUAAGAUGGAUGAAGUUGUGAGGAUGAUUGAGGAAAUCCGGCAGCCGGAUUUCGACAACCGGCCAUCAUCUGAAGAUAACAAGUCCAGGAGCCCAAGCAGCUCUGCUGUAUGAUGGUCAUAGCUUUUUAUCAUUUCUGAUUUUCAGUCCAUUUUUAUGUCACCUUUUUAGGUUCAUCUCAAUUUUUUUAAAUCCUUUGUCUUUAGCUUCUUCCUUCUUUUUUUUUUUUUUUUUAAACCCCUUUUUUCAUGUAAUCUUAAUAUUUAUAUGAAAUGAAAAUGGUAUGUUUGAACA